CCAUGCCGCUCUUCUCAGUUAACGUGAAAUGGGGAAAAGAGAAAUUCGAUGGCGUGGAGCUUAACACUGACGAACCUCCGAUGGUCUUCAAAGCUCAGCUGUUUGCACUGACCGGAGUUCAGCCAGCUAGGCAGAAGGUUAUGGUUAAAGGAGGAACUCUAAAGGAUGAUGACUGGGGGAACAUAAAAAUAAAGAAUGGGAUGACUUUGUUAAUGAUGGGUUCUGCAGAUGCACUUCCAGAAGAGCCUGUUUCCCGACCUGUCUUUGUAGAAGACAUGACAGAGGAGCAGUUAGCUUCAGCUAUGGAAUUGCCGUGUGGCCUGACGAACCUUGGCAACACUUGCUACAUGAAUGCCACGGUUCAGUGUAUCCGCUCUGUGCCAGAAGUGAAAGAGGCCCUUAAAAGGUAUGGUGGUGCCUUAAGAGCUUCAGGAGAAAUGGCCUCUGCUCAGUACAUUACUGCAGCUCUUAGAGACUUGUUUGAUUCCAUGGAUAAAACUUCCUCCAGUAUCCCACCUAUCAUUCUCCUGCAGUUUUUACAUAUGGCCUUCCCCCAGUUUGCAGAGAAAGGAGAUCAAGGCCAGUACCUUCAACAGGAUGCCAAUGAGUGCUGGGUGCAGAUGAUGAGGGUGCUACAGCAGAAGCUGGAAGGUAUAGAAGGUGAUACAGUUAUGGAGACAGACUCUGGAGCUACAGCAGGAGCUUCUAAAAAGAAGAGUUUAAUUGAUCAGUUCUUCAGCAUUGAAUUUGAAACAGCCAUGAAAUGCACGGAAGCUGAAGAGGAGGAGGUGACGAAAGGAAAGGAGAAUCUGCUGCAGCUUAGUUGCUUUAUCAAUCAAGAAGUGAAAUACCUGUUUACAGGACUGAAAUUGCGUCUUCAAGAGGAGAUCACCAAACUGUCUCCAACCUUGCAGAGAGAUGCACUCUAUAUCAAAUCUUCUAAGAUUAGUCGCUUGCCGGCGUAUCUGACUAUUCAGAUGGUUAGAUUUUUUUACAAAGAGAAAGAAUCUGUGAAUGCCAAAGUUCUUAAGGAUGUUAAAUUUCCUCUUAUGUUGGAUGUGUACGAGUUGUGUACACCAGAACUUCAGGAAAAAAUGGUUUCCUACCGAUCAAAAUUCAAGGACCUAGAAGACAAAAAAGUAAAUCAGCAACCAAAGAAUUCUAGUAAAGGCGACGGUGCACAGAAAGAAGUGAAAUAUGAACCGUUUUCUUUUCCUGAUGACACUGGCUCCAACAACUGCGGCUAUUACGACCUGCAGGCGGUUUUAACGCAUCAAGGCAGAUCCAGUUCCUCGGGGCAUUACGUGUCGUGGGUGAAAAGGAAACAAGAUGAAUGGAUCAAGUUUGAUGACGACAAAGUGAGCAUCGUGACGCCCGAGGACAUCCUGCGGCUGUCGGGCGGCGGCGACUGGCACAUAGCCUACGUGCUGCUCUACGGGCCCCGGCGCAUCGAGCUGCCCGAGCAGGAGCCCGAGCAGUAGCCGCCGGGCGGGGCAGGCGGCCGAGGUGUGAAAUAAAUGUUGAUUACUGAUCUCUAACCCCGGGGCUUUAGCAAGUGGAUCCAUAAUUGGUUCAGACUUUUUCAUGUGAAGAGGGUUGUUGUUUAAAAACUGAUCAAUGUACCACUUAGUCAGUGCUGGACUGGGCUGCCCGUGGGGGCAGUGACAAUACUGAAAGUAGCUUUAAUGUCUCGCAGAAGAUGAUUUUUUUUUUUAAAUGAGCCUCCUCCUCUCCCACUGCCAUCACGUAUUUAUUGCUGACCUCCUCCCACCGCUGUGCCCCUGCAUGGAUUAUGCCCCGGGCCGGGCGCUCUCCCCUCUUUGCCGGGGGGCAGCGUUUUUGGCGACGGGGCCACCUCGGUGCGUAGCCCAGAGCGGCUGCCCCAGCCCAGGAGCA